AUGGGGGACGUCCAGCCUGAGUAUAUCAAGCAAGAAGAGGUGCUGGGCAACCUAGAGUAUGAUGAGCCUGAGUAUAUCAAGCAAGAAGAGGUGCUGGGCAACCUAGAGUAUGAUGAGCCUGAGGACAUCAAGCAAGAAGAGGUGCUAGGUGACCUAGAGCCUGAUCAGCCUGAGAUUCCGCCGCAUUUCAAGCCUAAUGAGUGGAUCGAACUUACUGAGGGCGCACUCUCUCUAGCGCAUGAGAUUCAAGCCACACUUGCUGCCCGCGGUCAGUCUGGAACUAAACGAGGCCGACGUACCCACACCAAAGUCCAGUUUAAAGGACCCCUCAGCGAAAGCCACCGCGCAAAGCUCCAAUGA